AUGACAAGUAGCGGACUCCAAGCCAAGCUUCGUGCGCUUCCUGUUCUAGAAGGAGCAUCACACCCAAAGGCAGAGUUCGCUUCGUUCCCCGAAACCCCUCACCAAGCAUUUGAGGCAUGGCUCGACGAGGCCAUCUCAGCCAACAUCCCAGAGCCGCAUGCUGUCACGCUCUCGACAGUCGAUGAACAAGGCUUCCCCGAUGCCCGUGUUCUAAUCCUCAAGAACGUCGAUCACCGCGGCUGGCACUUCGCCAUCAAAGCCAACAGCCCCAAAGGCCGCCAGAUCUCAGCAAACAACAACGUCGCACUUACAUUCUACUGGCCCAAAAUCGGACGUCAGGUCCGUCUACGCGGUAAAGCAAACGCUCUGCCCAGAGGUGAGUGUGAGCAGGAUUGGACGGCUCGAUCGGCUAUGGCCAAGAUCACUGCCAAGGUGUCGAGGCAGAGCGAACCACUUAAUGACCCGCAUGGACUGGAAGCUAAGAUGGCGGAAGCCGUGAAAAGUCAUGAGAUUGAGGGACAAGAGCCAAGUUCUGGGGGUUGGGUGGUAUAUGCCGUGGCGCCGCAGACGGUUGAGUUCUGGCAGGCUUCUAGUGAUCGUCUGCAUCAGCGAUUGAACUACGUCUUCGAUCCGGCCCGAAACACCUGGAAGAAGGAAGCUCUUUGGCCAUAA